AAAAAAGUUGUUUAUUGCAAUGUCUCUUUUUUUACUUUCAUCAAACUGGACAGUCCUUAAAGAUGAAUAUGGUUCGGACUAUUUUUACCACCCUUUCGCUGAUAAAGCCGCUUUCGUAGAUACUUUAACUAACGAAAAAGACAAGGAGACCCAAGCCAUGGCUAUGCCUAUAGAAGAGGAGGUUAUCAAAGGUUCCUUUUGCGUUGAAGUUAUGUUCGCUAAUAUGCCUGAAGAGGACAUUUAUUACUUCAGCGUGUCAACUAAUAAAGGAGAGAAGUUAAUUCAGCGUUAUAAAUCUAACAUCAAACGAAAAACGGAUUCUCCGCAUUGGGGCGAGGUCUUUGACGUUCUGAUUGACAAUUGCCGUGUGAUGUUGUUUACUGUGUGGAAGACCUCAAAGUAUAAGCCCAAAGUUGCGGGCCAGUGCAUUUUUUCCAUUAAGCAAUUUUGUGAUUACAAGUACAAUCGACUGCUUUAUAAAUUAAAUCCAGCGGGAGAAUUAAAGUUUACUAUUCAACGAAACUCGGUUAACACGCUUCUUCGGAGGAGAGUGGAUUUCUCGUUAUGUCCCGAAGAUGAUCGGGUCUUUGGCGCGCCCAUGAUUGCUUCAGAAUACACCUCUUAUGUACCUUCGUUUGUGGUCGCUGCUAUACAGGUUAUCGAACAACGUGGUCUGCGCGCGUUGGGGAUCUAUCGAGUAAGCGGAUCAGCCCUGGAAGUUAAAAAGGCACAAGCAGAAGUCGUGCGAGCAUGCAAAAACCAAAAGAACUUAUAUCACGUUUUGGAUCCGUUUGACGUAAAUUGCACUGCAACCUUAUUAAAAACAUUUUUCCGGAGUCUGCCAUCCAGCCUUCUUGGAGAAGUGGUUUUUGAGGGCCUCGGCGCUCUGCUUCAGGGCAACUCUGCAAGAGAGACAAAGCUCAACGAAGAAACGGCUCAAAUUCUAGCAACCAUCAUCUCAGGGUUGGACAUCAUCAACGUGUCUACGGCCGUUUUCCUCUUCGACCAUCUGCUACACGUGGCUGAGCAAGGCGAGGCCAAUAAAAUGACUAUAAGUAACUUGUCCAUUGUGUUCGGGCCCACGCUGUUCCCGCAGACUUCGGGUGCAAUGACCAUGCGUUCCGGGCUGCAAGGAAGCGCGACCCAAGGUAAAAUAGUUGCUGUAAUCCUCCACAACUGGCCUACCAUCCGUGAAAUCGUGAUAGAAAAAUCGAGUCUACUUUGCGGUCCAGAAAUCAACAGGUAGCCAAGAAAAAUAUGCAUUGACGAAGUAACAAGCCUUUAAUAGAAUAAAACCGAAAAAAAAGUAAAAGACACAGUUAACUUAGCACACU